AUGGAUGUGUUAAAGAAAGGACUCACCAAAGCCAAGGACGGAGUUGCAUUAGCAGCCGAAAAGACGAAACAAGGAGUGACCGGAGCGGCUGGCAUGACCAAAGAUGGAGUUAUGUUUGUCGGAACCAAAACCAUGGAUGGAGUUACAACAGUCGCAGGGAAGACUGUGUCAGGGGUGUCCCAGGUCAGUGGUGCCAUGGUAACCGGAGUUACGACUGUUGCCCAGAAGACUGUAGAGGGAGCUGGAAACAUUGCUGCAGCAACUGGCCUUGUCAAGAAGGAUACACCCAAACAGGAGGAAGCUAAAGAUGUGCCAGUGGAGAAUGCAGGAGAACUGCAGCAAGAAGAAGACAACAGCAGUACUGUCACUGAGGAGGAAUCAGAGUAA